AUGAAUUCGUCCACCCACCAAGACCCUUCCCCCUCCCUCCACAGAUACCCCGCAGACGACAUCCGCCGUCUCGUAUCCUCCGCACAUGCCCUCGUCGACCAGCAACCCGCCCCAAGUCUGCGCGAGAUUCUCUCUGCAUACAAAACAAAGGGCGACGGCGACCGCGAAAUGCUCAUCGCCAUGCUCAAUGCAAAGACUGCCGAGGACCAGCGGCAAGCAUCCGUCGCAUCUCUGCAGCGCACUUUGCUCGAGAUUUACCAGCAGUCCGCUUCUGCUCCCCCUGAGCCUGUUCAUUCCGCCUCCCGAUCAUCCUCUUCCAACUACCACCACUACCCCUCACCGGGAUAUACCCAUUCUCCCCGUCCUUCCGAACAGCUGCCUUCUCGUAGGCUUCACCAUCGCCAUCGUGUAACAUCUGGCAGUCGGUCGCCACCACCAUCCCGGAUGCACUCUCAUAUUCCGUCUAGCAGGGAUGUCCCAAUGUCACAUCACUCGGAACACCCGCGAAAACGUCAUCGCGCAUCUCACUCACCUCAUAUCUCACAUCCUGGUGUAUAUGAGUCUUCACAUCCAUCCGAACAGUUUCCCCCGUCCCCCUACUCCUCGUCAGAUCGCAGCAAUUCAGCUGAAUACUCUCCCCGCUCAAGGGGAUCCAUGACCAUUGGCUCCCUCCUGUCCUCUGGUCCAAGUCGGGACAUGAACGGCGACAUCCCAAUUCAAGAGCGCGAUUGA